AUGAAAGGGUUUUUCAGUAAGAAAAGUUACGAACCCAAGAAGGAGCCGUCGAAAAGCCCUAAAAUAGAGUGCAACAGAAUUAUCAAGAGUCCUCCUGCCCGCAGUGUAAGGUCGUCGGCUUCAGAGCAUUUGGAUUUACAUGAACAGGAGUGCUUAUCACUGGUUGUAAGGUACUUUGAUCGUUCUGAGGAAUCCAUUUUGACAAGAACUCGGAGUUUUGAAGAAGGGGAGGCCAAUCAUGAUGCAUUUAACAAAGAGCCUUUAUCUUCACAGGAAAAGUGCUGGUUGACAAGGGAACGUCUAUUAAGAUACCUUCGAUCAACCAAUUGGGAUGCCAGAGAGGCAAUUGAAAGGUUAGAGAAAACUAUCACUUGGAGGCGAGAAUUUGGUCUUUUCGAAGCCAAUGGUGGUGUCUGCGCUCUCUCCGAACUUGCCAAAGCUACGAAAAUGGAAAACGAAACUGGUAAAAUGUACUUACUUGGUUAUGACCGUCAACAACGGCCACUUUUGCACAUCAAGACUGGCCGUCAAAACACUGAACCAAGCUUUGCACAAAUCCAACAAUUGAUCUAUAUGAUUGAGAGCGCCGAGGUUAUGAUGCCUGUAGGAGUCGACACGUUAACGGUAUUGAUAGAUUUCAAAAAUUAUAAUGAUUUAACUCCACCGCUUGCGCGAAUGCCUCCAAUUUCCAUCAGCAAACAGGUUUUGCACAUUAUUCAAGAGCACUACCCCGAAUAUUUGGGUCGCGCAAUAUUAUGCAAUAUACCAUGGUACUGUUGGAACUUCAUCAAGAUAUUUCACCCUUUCUUGGAUCCGGUAACGAGGUCCAAAUUGAUUUACGAAGAGUCUUUUGAGACUUACAUUGAGCAGUCCCAGUUAGAGGUACUACACAACGGUAAGUUGGAAUUUGUUUACAGCAAUGACAUCUACCUAGACGAUUUAGAGCAUUCUGUUGCAGAGCGGAAAACACAAAUGUUCCAAGUUUUCUUAGAUUUGGGCGAGAGGGUCGGAGUUAGUGAGGACGAGCUGAAGAAACACUUUUCAGAGGUCUCCACGUCGUAA